UCUGUCACACCUGUAUUACCCGAGGGUGUGUCAUCCUAAAGAGGAGUCGGAGCUGGAUUACUUUCAACGUAACCUACACACACACCGCAAUCAAGUGUCGAAAUGGGGAAGGCAACUGGGCGCUGGGACUUUGAAUGGGUUUAUAAUGAGCAGCCGCAUACUUUACGAAGGAAAGAAAUUCUAGCUAAAUACCCAGAGAUUAAGUCCCUGAUGGGCCAUGAUCCACAGCUGAAAUGGGUGGUAUCAGGGAUGGUCCUCACUCAGCUACUGGCCUGUUACAUGGUGCAUGACCUCCCCUGGAAAUGGCUGUUUUUCUGGGCCUAUGCCUUUGGCGGCUGCAUCAACCACUCGCUCACGCUGGCCAUCCACGACAUCUCUCACAACGUGGCCUUUGGCAACAAGCAGGCGCGCUUGAACCGUUGGUUUGCCAUGUUUGCCAACCUCCCCAUUGGCCUGCCCUAUUCCGCCUCUUUCAAGAAGUACCACAUCGACCACCACCGCUACCUGGGCGGGGACGGCCUGGACGUAGACAUCCCUACGGACCUGGAGGGCUGGUUCUUCAGCACGCCUCUGCGGAAGGUGGUCUGGCUCUUCCUCCAGCCUUUAUUCUACGCACUGCGCCCUCUGGUGGUAAACCCCAAGCCACUGACCCAGCUGGAGAUACUGAAUGGUGUUGUCCAGCUUGUGGUGGAUGUCCUUAUCUACUACCUCUGGGGGCUGAAGCCUAUCAUUUACCUGAUCGCAGGCUCCCUCCUGUGCAUGGGCCUGCACCCCAUCUCGGGACACUUUAUCGCUGAGCACUACAUGUUCCUGAAGGGCCACGAGACAUACUCCUACUACGGCCCCCUCAACUCGAUCACCUUCAACGUGGGCUACCACAUGGAGCACCAUGACUUCCCCAGCAUCCCCGGCAGUAGACUACCACUGGUAAAGAAGAUUGCAGCGGAGUUCUACGACCCCCUACCCCAGCAUACGUCCUGGGCACGCGUGCUGUGGGACUUUGUGUUCGACGACAGCAUCGGCCCCUACGCUAGAAUCAAGCGCCAAUACAAGCUAGUCAAACAGGAAUGAAGGCCCCUGUCAAGUGAUGUGUGCACUACGUAGUUAAAACUUUGUGUUUCUCUGUGUUGCUUGUCCACACAUAAUAGAGGUUAAAUAAAUGUUUCAGCUCGGGGGAGUUUAAGACUCACACACCCAACCCUGAAACCAUGACAAUUCCUUUUCCUUCCCAAACCUGUUUUUCUUGUACCUGUUUGUCUCGGGAUAAUCCCAAAGGAUGAUUGUCGCUUGUUGGGGCAUAAACCAGCAACCAAACUCCAUCAAGGAGUGCAAACCAUUCUGGAGUACUGUACUGUAUCAUUUUGGCCAUGUGUUACCAGAGGUGUAGUGUGAAUUAGGAGGGGAUUAUGAUUUUAAAAGGAGUAAGGAGUCCCUAUCCUGAAUAUCUGACCUCAGUUUGAGGCCCAAACGUUACUUUAGCUUUGAUUAAAAUCCAACCAUGCUGUCAUUCGAAGUAUCUAGGAAAUAAACAGUAAAUAACAUUUUGCCAUGUAUAAUUACUUAUCCAUUCAGUUUGGAAAGUUGUGUUGACAUUGACAGAACUUUCAUAUAUUUGAAGGUAAAUCUAAUUCCAAGUGAUUUUUGUUUAUUUACUGCCACUACUAAGUGGACAGAGGAUUGCGGAGAUGAAAUGGACAUUGUAACUUAUCGAGUUGUAUUGGAUGCCGUUUAAAUUUGGGGAAGCCGUUUACUGUAUGCUGCUCACUUUUAUUCAUGAAAAUUAUCUGCACAUAAGGCUCUGAGUUGUAAAAAAAACUUUUUAAUAUUUCUAUAUAUAAUGUUUGACAAGAAAUAUUUAUAAUGUUCCUCUACCAUAUUUAAUUAUGGAAUUCUUUCCUUCUAUGUUUUGCAAUAACCGCAAUUGUCUGCACUAGCAUGACUUCAUUUCACUGUUAGUUUGAAUAUGAUUUUUACACAAAGAUGAAUAACUGUUUGGAAAAUUAAAUUAAAGAAAUAAUGUAUA